AUGUCGACCUCUGAUAACAACUCUUCUCCUCCUGGUGUCACCGCAUCCGCGGAUGUUAUCACCUCCACCACCACUUCUCUCCUGAAUCUCAACAUGUCCAACAUCACCAAACUGUCCUCCUCCAACUAUCUAGUCUCGAGCCGUCAAGUCCAUGCGUUAUUUGACGGAUAUGACAACAAGCUCAUCUACAGUGCCCUCCUUGGUGCUCUCUCUCAAACCAUUCAGCCUCUUGUCUCUCUUGCGUCCACCUCUGCCGAUGUGUGGGACACUCUUGCUUCCACCUACGCCAAACCAAGCCGAGGCCACAUCAAACAGCUGCAACACCAACUCAAACAAUGGAAAAAGGGAAACAACUCCAUCAAUGAAUACGUUCAGGGUCUCACCUCCAGAUUUGAUCAACUUGCCCUUCUUGGUAAAGUCAUUGAUCAUGAAGACAAGAUUGACUAUGUUCUCCAGGGGCUUCCUGAAGAAUAUAAACCAGUCAUAGAUCAAACUGAAGGCCGUGAUACCCCUCCUACCCUCACGGAGCUUCACGAGAAACUCAUCAAUCAUGAAGCCAAACUGAUGUCCUCCUCCUCCUCUGUCUCAUUUCCGAUCUCUGCAAACUAUGCGAACAAUCGCUCCAAACCUGGUCAAAAACAGGGCCAGCGUACAAAUCAAUCUCCGCAGCAACCAUGGAACAACAACAACAAUCAACAAAGAGGUCAGCGUCCAUACCUUGGCCGGUGUCAGAUCUGCGGUGUACAAGGUCACUCCGCAAGACGCUGUCCUCAGUUGCCGACGAUGCAACAACCAGCCUCCAGGGCUCUGCUCCCAACUCCUCCUCAACCACCAGCUCCGUGGCUCCCUCGCGCCAAUUUUGCCGCCAGCUCACAACAAUCACCACAGUUGGUCCUUGAUACCGGUGCUACACACCACAUCACGUCUGACCUGAACAACUUAACACUCCAUCAGCCCUACACAGGUGGUGAAGAGGUCAUCAUCGGCGACGGAAAUGGCUUACCAAUCUCCCAAACUGGUUUUGUUUCUCUUCCCUCAAACACUAAACCUUUUUCUCUAUCCAAUGUGCUCUAUGUCCCUGAUAUUAAAAAGAACCUCAUCUCUGUCUACCGUCUCUGUAAUACUAACCAAGUCUCCGUGAAAUUUUUCCCGGCUCAUUUUCAGGUGAAAGAUCUGAACUCGGGGGUCCCGUUACUCCAAGGUCGUACCAAUGAGGAACUGUAUGAGUGGCCGAUCAUGAAAUCUGCAGUGAGAGCUUUCUUUGCAACUCCAACUGUCAAAACCUCUCUUUCCGACUGGCAUUCAAGACUCGGCCAUCCUUCUCUUCCGAUUCUAAAAUCUAUCAUUUCCAAACACUCUCUACCUUGUUCUGCUGUUUUCCCUAAGUUUUUGUCUUGCGUUGAUUGUCUUUCCAAUAAAAGCCACAAACUAAGUUUUUCACAAACCUCUAUCUCUUCUACUCGUCCAUUACAAUACCUCUUUACGGAUCUUUGGACUUCUCCUGUCCUUUCCGUCAACAAAUACAAACACUGGGCCUGA